AUGAAACAUUUCGUGUCCUCACUCGUCGCAACCCCACCAGGUUACUACAGCGGCCACGGGUCUGAUUACGACGCAUAUGGAGGCGGGAGCCACAGCUACGAGCAUGGACAUGGCCCCAGCCACGGAUAUGGCACUGGCUACGGCCACGGCUAUGGCUACGAUCAAAGCUAUGGUUCUGCCCCCGGCUAUGAUCCGUAUGGCCAGGGCGGGUACGCAGGAUAUCCGCCACAGGAAAGCUAUGCUGGAGGUGAGCACCACGACGAGCCAUCUUGGCAAGAGCGUGGCUACGGUGGUGGAGAGGGCAGUGCCGUCGAGGGAGAAGAUCCGGAACAG